AUGUAUGCCGCGGUCGUGGAUGACAGGUGGAUUAUGUACAUAACUGAAACACCGUCUGUAAAAAUCUGGUUUCAAAACAGAAGAACGAAGUGGAAAAAGAAAGAUAACGUCAGCAACGCGGAAGUAGCCGAGAUGAAGCAGAACAAGCCAGAAGACAAGAAAGAAGAUAAAGAGGAUCCGCUGGCGAUAGAUAUGUCCAAGAAAACCUGCAAUAAAAUACUCAGCGAGAAGCUUAAAACCAAACCCACUCAGAACGUCCUCCCUAAACCAAGAAGGGUUGAGAAAGGCGUGGUUUUAGAAACGAUAUGUGACGUCAAUGAUAUAGAGAGUAGAAUAUCAAUAACAAAGAUAACAAAUAAACUAUCGAGUACAGAUCUCUCGGAGAGUGUGACAGUCAAAAGUUUCAACCCAGAAGAAGAAAGAAUAGAAUCAAAUAGAGAAUGCGUUAAUGAGAUGUAA